GGAGCAGGUAAAACUCUGUCAAGACUGAAGGGGAGAGGCCAAUAUACAUGUGCAUAAGAGUGAAGGGGAGGAGCCAAUAUACCGCAUGUGCAGGAGCAGGAUUAAGGGGAGGAGUGAGCCGGUACACCUGUGCAAGACUGGAGGGGAGGAGCCGGUACACCUGUGCAAGACAGAGGGGAGGAGCCCGACUGAAGGGGAGGGGCCAGUACACCUGUGCAAGACUGAGGGGGAGGAAGCCGGUACACCCUGUGCAAGACUGAGGGGAGGAGCCGGUACACCUGUGCAAGACUGAAGGGAGGAGCUGGUUCACCAGUGCAAGACUGGAAGAGGGGAGGAGCCGGUACACCUGUGCAAGACUGAAGGG